CUUGGGACUCACGACGAUCGUGGGCAUUUUUUGCAAAGCCCGAACUCUAUACAACAUUUUAAACGGAUCAAAUCACCGACUCUUUCGCGAUGAACGAAAAGCAUCAGGUCGUUCAGCUGAUUGUUUUCAUUUUUGCAACCGGGGUCACAUGGGCAACACGAGAAUGGCCGGAUUCCUUGGCCAUGGAAAAUUCCCCCUACAUAACUCACGUGAAACCACCGCAAUCAUAUCCUUCAGCUCCUUGGUUCGUUCAACCAGUGCCGAGCAACGCAAAGUAUCUGGGCCGUGAAACGCCGGUUUCCUCCCGUCUAGUUAAUUUAAUUGAUGGGCGUAAUCAGGAAACCAAUGAUCCCUCGUUAAACAAAAACGGCUACCAUGUUUCUGAUUUGAAUUACAAGAAAUCGGUCCAAGGUCCCGCUGCUCCGGUCGGUCGCCAGCAAUGGCGAGCCGCAACCCCAGCAGCAGGUUUUCCGAGAAAUUAUUAUUUCCCUCAAACAGCAUUCAAGAAUCAUCAGCCGUUUUAUUUCGGACCGGGUCAGCGAAGAUUGGCCGAAUAAAAAUUCACUAACCUGUUGCUUAUAAUCGACCAUAUCCUUUUGAAAUUAAAAAAACAUGCAGCUACUUUGGAAAAACAAAAAAAAAUGAUUUGAUGGAUUUAUUGGGCGUCUUUUCUGCCGUCCGCCUCCCGAAAAAAUUGCGCAACGCUCAAAAUUAGAAACGAGCUAUGCGUACAACCGACACUUUUGGCUGAUAACAUGCUGUUAAACACCGAUAGCAUCAGGACCAUCUUUACCGAAACAAAUUCUCAACCUCCCCUUCUUCCCACUUUCCCUCAUUCACUCACCCGUGGCGGGUGAGUGCACACCCUCAUCACGUGUGUGUGAUGAUGGUGACUGUCAAAUUUCACGUUGUCUCCUCUUUAUUAUUUGCCAGUUAUUUAUGUUUUUGUAUUUUCGUAUAUUUAUUAAUCGGUUCCAAUAAACCCAAUUGCAUUUAGGCCA